AGGGAGACCAGGGGGAUGAGGGGAAGAGGCCGGCGCUGCCCGGGCCCCGCGCGUGAAGGAAACAGCCCGAGGCCCCGCGGGUCCGGCCCUGAGAGGAAGGAGGGCGCCUGCGCUCCCGCGGGGGCCGGCGGACUUUCCUCCCCGCCCAGCGGCCCGGGGCGGGCUUUUCGGCUGCUCCUCAUAAGCAGGCGGCUUCGGGUCUCCGGGACAGUGAUUUUGCAGGAUGGCAGUCAAAUGAGAGCAAAGGCAUUUCUGGAAACCAGAGAUUAUUCUCAGCUCACUACAGCAGCCACAGUACAGGACACAGCAAAACCUGUCCUGCAGCCAGCGAACCAAGCACCUCCGCAAACCCUAGCAGCAAGACUGGUGGACGGUCACAUCACCUCUCAAAUAGCGUCCACAAUGAAAACCCCAACAGACACCCGGGUAACUGCAAAGAGCACCGCAGCCACCAGCCCAGUUAUCCACACCCUGGUCACAACCCAGCACACACCCGACCACUCACACACGGCUGCUCCAGUUACUGAAGCGACGGUUGGCCCCAGCUCAGCCCCUCAUUCACAGCCAGCCACCAUCACUCCACCGGCUCAUACAGCCAGAACCAGUUCAUCAACCAUCAGCCACACAACUAGGAACGCCACCCAACCCAGUAACCAGACCAUCCUUCCAGCAACUUUACCCACAACACCACGCAAAAGCACAGGCAGUCAGAAGCCCAUUCAAACCACCCAUGCCCCAGGCACAACUGCAGCCACACAGAGUACCACUGGGACAGCCCCGCCUGUCUCCACCAUUCCUGCACCCACCCUCGCCCCUCAGCCAACGUCAGCCAAGACUGGAACUUACCAGGUUCUGAAUGGAAGCAGACUCUGUAUAAAAGCAGAGAUGGGGAUACAGCUGAUCGUUCAAGACAAGGAGUCGGUUUUUUCGCCUCGGAGAUACUUCAACAUCGACCCCAACAUAACCCAAGCCUCUGGGAACUGUGGCACCCGAAAAUCCAACCUUCUGUUAAAUUUUCAGGGUGGAUUUGUGAAUUUCACAUUUACCAAGGAUGAAAAAUCCUAUUAUAUCAGUGAAGUGGGAGCCUAUCUGACCGUCUCAGAUCCAGAGAGAGUUUACCAAGGAAUGCAACACGCUGUGGUGAUGUUCGAGACAGCGGCCGGGCACUCCUUCAAGUGUGUGAGUGAACAGAGCCUCCAGCUGUCAGCCCACCUGCAGCUGAAAACAACCAAUGUGCAGCUUCAAGCCUUUGAUUUUGAAGGUGACCACUUUGGAAAUGUGGAUGAGUGCCCAUCUGACUACACAGUUGUGCUUCCUGUGAUUGGGGCCAUUGUGGUUGGUCUCUGCCUUAUGGGUAUGGGUGUAUAUAAAAUCCGCCUAAGGUGCCAAUCAUCUGGAUACCAGAGAAUCUAACUGUUGGCCGGGGAGAUGAAAACCACGGAAUUGAGAGCAUGUUUUCAUCACUUCCGGGAUGGGUGUUGGGAACUUCCCGUAGAGUGUGUGGGUCCUUCAAACACUGUAAACCACCAUCUUCCACUAGAACCAAAUGAAUCAUUUGUGAUUUAAGUUCAGGCAGCACAGCAAUUUCUAAAUACUUUUUGUUUAUUUUAUGAAAGAUAUAGCAAGCUGUUUAAGAGUAUUUUCUAGUUUCCUUUAGAAUAUUUUAACCACUCAAAAAAAGUCAACAUUUGAGAUAUGUUGAAUUAAUACAAUAUAUAUAAAGUGGAAUAAGCCUUCAAAUUAUAAACCAAGGGUCAAUUGUAACUCAUACUACCUGUGUUUGCAUUGAAAAUUGUAUUUUUCCCUUGAUUUUUUCCAUUUAAAAAAAAUUGCCUUUGCUUUGUCUAUCGAAUGGACUUUCGGUGCUUUUACUAUCUGUAUUCUAUGGUUUUAUGCAACAUACAUAUGCUUGCUGUCAUACUUAACUCCUUUUCCACUUUAAAUGUUGGUUUUUUUUUUUUUUUUUUUUUUUCAUUGAGACAAGUUUUGCUCUUGUCACCCAGGCUGGAGUGCAGUGGUGUGAUCUCAGCUCACUGCAACCUCCACCUCCUAAGUUUAAAUGAUUCUCCUGCCUCAGCCUCUCGAGUAGCUGGGACUACAGGCACCUACCACUAUGCCUGGCUAAUUUUUGUAUUUUUAGUAAAGACAGGGUUUCACUAUGUCAGCCAGGGUGAUCUUAAACUCCUGACAUCAGGUGAUCCACCCACCUCGGUCUCCCAAAGUGCUGGGAUUACAGGUGUGAGCCUCCGCACCCGGCCUUAAAUGUUUUGUUUUAUCAUCAAAAAGAACAACAUGGCCGAGCGCGGUGGCUCAAGCCUGUAAUCCCAGCACUUUGGGAGGCCGAGGCGAGUGGAUCACGAGGUCAAGAGAUCGAGACCAUCCUGGUCAACAUGGUGAAACCCCGUCUCUACUAAAAAUACAAAAAAUUAGCUGGGCAUGGUGGCGCUUGCCUGUAAUCCCAGCUACUCAGGAGGCGGAGGCAGGAGAAUUGCCUGAACCCAGGAGGCAGAGGUUGCGGUGAGCCGAGAUCGCGCCAUUGCAUUCCAGCCUGGGUAACAAGAGCGAAACUCCGUCUCAAAAAAAAAAAAAAAAAAAAAAAAAAAAAAAAAAAAAAAAGAACAACAUAUCUCAGGUUGUCUAAGUUUUUUUUUAAUGUAAAACCAACAAAAAGAACAAAUCAGCUUAUAUUUUUUAUCUUGAUGACUCCUGCUUCAUAAUCACUAGACUAAGAAUUAGGUGGCUACAGACAAUAGAACUGAAUAACAGGCAAGAGGCAAUAAUAAUUGCCCUUAAUUAUUAAACACACAAGUGCCAGACUCUAGGCUAAGCACUCUACCUACAUCUCAUUUAAUUCUCACAACUUGUACGUGAAUGAAUAAACUAAGACUUACGGGAAUGAAAUCACUCACUGAUGGCACAGCCAGAGCUUGAACUCAUGCUGGUCUGACACCGAGGUCUUUGGUCUUCUCACUACACCAAGUUGCCUGCAAGAACAAUGACACCAACCUGUGCCUGAAGCCUCACACCAGCACACCAGCAUACGCUCGCCUUACCGGGGAAAUGGCUUUAUCCAGAAUCAUGAGACAUUAGGGUAGACGAAAGGAGAGCUUUGCGGGUGACAGCAGCCUAUCCGUCACAUCCUCCACUCCCUUGAAGGAGACUGAGGGGCUUUGUAAAACAUUAGUCAUUUUUUCGUGUUUAUGGGAUUGUUUAGCUGGGCUGUAAAGAGGAAGGCAUAGAAUAAACUUCUCAAGGUAUUUUUAAUGUUUUUCGAUCAUAGAGAAACCUCACUAACCAACUGUUCUUUCUUGAAUGUAUAGCCCCCUCUUGUGGUACUUUACUGCUUCUGCACUUCAUAGCAAUAUUUUCAUUAGUAGUUCACUUGAUUCUGUAGAGCAGCCUGCCAAGAAUUUUAUUCUCGCUGUUAAAGAAAGUAACUAAGUCAGGAUGUUAACAGAAAAGUCCGCAUAACCCUAGAAUUCUUAGUCAAGGAAUAGUUCAAGUCAGCUUAGAGACCAUAUGCUGACUUUCGUCAUGUGUUUUCUUAUGACUCAGUAGGUGGGCAAGGUCCUGACUUUAGUCUUAAUAAAACAUUGAAUUGUAUUAAAAGUUUUCAUAAUAAAACAUUGGAUUGUAUUAAUAAAACAUUGUUAGUCUUAAUAAAACAUUGAAUUGUAUUAAAAGUUUUUGUAAUAAAACAUUGGAUUGUAUUAAUAAAACAUUGUUAGUCUUAAUAAAACAUUGAAUUGUGUUAAAAGUUUUCGUAAUAAAAACUUAUUUUGGA